UAGGUGAGGAAGACUCAUCUUUUGGUUUUGCCCAUGGCAGGAGCCCUCCAUCGAACAAGGAGCAAGAAGAGCACGUACACAGAAGUCGCGGAAAAACAGCAGAAGCAGACGCAGGAAAUUCCUUAUCUUUACACCAGAGCUUCUUUGCAACGACGUCUUCAACGUCUAAAUCUGCUUCUGCAACUAAAGCACACCAGCAGCAUCAAGGUAUGGCGAAUAUCGAACCGAUAAUUGCAGCUAAGCACGCAUCUCCUCGCGCUUUCCUCAGCUGUACUGCUGAGAUGUGCCCAGUGGACGCCUUUUCAGAGGUCGUUGUACUCGACGAGGCGCAACUGUUGCUAGACCCAGAGCGAGGUGGAGCGUGGACGCGCGUUUUGCUAGGAGCACAGUGCGACGAACUUCAUCUCUGUGGCAUGGUCACGCCCGAAAAGGAAUUCUCCGAUCUAGUCAGGGACCUUCUCGAGCGGGAAUGCCAAGAUGUGCUAGUUUCGUGUGCGCGUUUAUGCUGUUCUAGUUGUGUCUUCUAAGUACUAUCUUUUUACUAUAUAGAUACGUCUAACUAAGUACUUAAUAAUUUUAAUAUCAUGUACAUGUUGCAGCAUUUUCAGUUUCUUUCAGUAAUUUCAGAAUCGUCUUUUCAUCUACCAGGCAACCUAUGCAUAUCAACGUUCUGGCACGACUUAUGUUCUCUACUCAAGCUCAACACGCUUUAGACGCUAUUCAUCCACCUAUGUACAUAUAGUUGUGUCUUCUAAGUACCUCCUGGUUUUCACCUACUAAAACUAAAUGAAUAUCAUGAUCAGUCCCAAUGAAUUGGUUAUGUAUCUGUUGUAAGCGGCUCCUACUUGAUGAAUGUUGUCUCUUCCACUCAACUCAUCUUCCCUGUUCAUAACAAUACGAGCGUUUCCAGCCACUUGUUGUUGAGCGCACGCCGGUGCAACAGCUACGGCCAGGUGACUGUAUUGUCUGUUUCUCACGUCGCGACGUCUGGCGAAUACGAUCGGAGCUUGAAACGAUGAAUCACAUCCGUUUCCAGGAGCUUAAUAGACGAGGUGGAGUAGAGGAUAAGAAGCGUAUGCGAGGAGGCGAACUACAGGACGAACAGGAAGAGGAUUCUGAAUCUGAUGGUGGAGCAGCUGUUGUAGGGUUUGAAGAUGAAAAUCACGUUGGCAGUUAUUUGGGUCCUUCGAACAAGUCGACGAAAAAAACUGCUCAAGGCUCAAAUAAACUCGAAAGUUUCGUCUUGUACGGCAGUUUGCCCAGUGAGGUACGGCGAGAACAAGCGGAAAAAUUCAAUCGCAACGUGGACGAUUCGAUUUUGAUUGCAACGGAUUGCAUCGGUCUAGGGUUGAACCUCCGGAUUCGCCGCAUCAUAUUUGCCUCAGUCCACAAAUUUGAUGGGCGAGAACGUAGAGAGUUAACCCCGUUCGAGAUCCGACAGAUCGCUGGUAGGGCUGGACGUGGGAAGUCAGUCGGUGGGACUCCACAUGGUGGUCGCGUAGGGUGCUUCGCACCACAAGAUUUGGCGAUAGUG